GACAUCAGUACCGGGUACCGGAUGCGGAUGCGGAUACGUGCGUGGCCCGCAAAUCUCUCGCCAAAUCUCGACAAGUCCUGACUUGACGCGCGACCCGCAGUUCAUAGUUUAGAGUUCAGCUGUUCAGCGGCUGGUGUGUGACAUCCCCAACUGACUUUUUUUUGUCAUCACUCUGUUCUGUCCAGCUGUGUUCUGUUUUUUUUUAUUGGUCCGGAAUCACGUGUGUGUUGUUUUGAGUGCGAGUUUUAGUUGCCAGCAAUUGCCGCUGCCAGUUUGCAAUUAAAGACCAGCCGCAUGCAAAUGGCAAAUGUGAGGGGCUGAGGCGCUGAGGGACCAGCUGAAGGACUAACCGAGGGAUAACCGAGGCAUAACCAAAGGCAAAAUAUUAAAUACUGAAUGCCAGCUGCCAAGGGAAAGGCAGUUGCAGUUCAGCCCGCCUGUUGCCGUCGCCUGUCAGCAUUUUGCUAAAGUCACAAUCCCAGUCGCAGUCACAGUUGCCAUCACCAUCGCCAUCAGUUCCGCCAGCACCAGCACCAGCCCAGUCUCCCUCAGGUGUCCUGAGCGACCAUCCAGCCACUUUGAGCGUGAACAGUUAUUGGCAUGCCACGCCCCCGCCCCCGCCAGGCGUAGCAAAAGGGGCUGGAACAGGAGCAGGAGCAGUAGCAGGAACCGGAAGAAGAAGCGUAAAUAAAUAUGAUAAAGCUUAAGAAUAUAUAAUAAAGGAGCGAGCGGCAGAGGAGGGAAAGUCUAAAUGAAAUAACGCAAUAUAAAAACAUAAAUAACUGAGGGAAGUGCCGAGCAAGAAGGAGGAGCAGCGCACCGAGGAGCCCAAAAAAGUAGGCAACAAAAGCUGAGGCUGCGGAGUUGAGCAGUUGAAAAUCUGCGCAGGCUGGCUGGCGGUGAGACACCCAGUUGGCCCCCCAAGAGCAGGGAAGAGCUAGCCCAGGAUAAGCAGCGCUAGCAGAAGGAGCAGGAGCAGGAGGAGUGGAGGAGCGGAGCAACAGCAGCCGGACAAGAGAGAAUAGAGCUCAAUUACGCCGCCAAACUGUCGUGUCAGCAACAACGUGAAAUGUGCAAUUCCUGGCUGGUGCUCAUAAUUGCGCUCUCCGUUGUCGUCUGCCUGUGGAACUCGCAACAAACCGAAACAUCCAAAUCAUGCCCAGCCGAGUGCAUCUGCUUGUCCCAGACUCAAGUGCUGUGUAACACCGGCGGCCUCGAGCAGAUCCCGCUGCGCCAGCUGCCGGCGACGGUGGAGAACCUGGCGCUGACCAAGAACAACUUCCCGAUCAUCAAGCCGGACUCGUUCGCCGGGCUGCGGGCGCUGAAGAAGCUCUCGCUGGACGGGAACAACAUCACGCGGAUCAAGCAGUUCGCCUUCCGCGGACUGCCGCGCCUCAAGGAGCUCUCGAUCCAGUACACGCCGCUGCAGAUGGUGGCCCAGUUCGCGUUCGCCGGGCUGCAGAACCUGUCGACCAUCCUGCUGAGCCACAACCAGAUCCAGCGGAUCGAGGGCAACGCCUUCGCGGGCACCUCGAACAUCAAGCUGAUCCUGCUGACCAACAAUCCGUUGAUCCGCAUCGACAGCUCGGCCUUCUCCAGCCUGACCAACGUGGGCCACCUGAUCCUGCCCUCGGGCAUCCGCAGCAUCGAGCAGGACGCCUUCUUCGGCAUGGACACGGUGGGUCUGCUCAAGCUGGCCUACAUGGACCUCAAGGAGGUGGCGCCCUUCACCUUCCGCGGCCUGUCGAAUGUCCUGCUGCUCACGUUGCAGGAGUCGGAUCUCGGGGUGAUUUGUGCGGACGCCUUCACCGGACUCACCCAGGUGGAGACGCUGCAGAUCCUGAACAACAAGAUCGACUCGAUCGAGGAGCUGAACUUCACCAGCACGGCGGCCAUAAAGCACCUCAAAUUCUUUGGAAACCACGUGCUGGAGACUCCCGAUCCCAACUCAAUCAUCGUCGACGGGGUGGAGCACCUGCAGCUGGUGAGCAACCACUUCCCCUGCGGCUGCCACAUUCACACCCUGCUCGACGGCCCGCUGGCCGAGGGCGCCCACAACCUGACCGACUUUCUGCAGAAGAACUACUGCAUCUCGCCGCUGGAGGUCAACGGUCGGGUGAUGAGCGAGCUGGACAUCGACUCCAUUGGCCGCUGUUCCGACCAGCUGACCAAGGGUAAUCUGGGCAGCUCAGCGGCCUCGCUGGCCCUCGGAAUCAACUCGAUGCUGCUUAUCGCGGUCGCCAGUUGUGCGGAGUGGCGUCACGUCCGGCUGCUGGCCAACCGGCUGGCCCAGCUCCUAGGUCACGUGGCCUGGCGACGGCGCCGGAAAAGGCGAAAGGGCAAUUAGGCGGAGGUGUCCUACACAGAAUACCGGAGAGAACUGCAGACUUCAGCUCGAGAUCCUGGAGGCAGAAGUCGCUUCCCCUGAACUCCCGAUGAUUCCGAUCGCCGACUCCGCCAGGGUAUCUGUCAUCCAUUAUACACCAUAUACAUGUAUGUAGUAUGUGGUGUUUAUGUAGCUGCAACGUAGAGUAAAAAGCUGCAGAUUGCCAAAUGUAAAACUCUGCAGUUUUGCUAUCAUCAUGCGAAAUCUGGGAGUCUGAUGCCGUUGAUGUCGCUCCAACUUCCCUUCUUGCCAUUUGCCAUUUGCCAUUUACCCCGUUCCCCGUUCGCCAUCCUGCCCCAAAAAAAUGCUGAACCCUAGGCUAAUCCUGCGACCAGGAUACUGCAUCCUGCAUAUCCUGGGCCCGAGGGCCCAACUACGUAUGUUUGUUAGUUGUUUACGUUUGUGUUGCCAUUUCGUUCUGUUUGCGUUAAAUGCGAAACGCGAAAUGCUAAAUCCACAAUGCAAAAUGCCGAAUGCAGUUGCAGCGUGCAGCAUGCAGCAUGCAGCAUGCAGCAUGCAGCAUGCAGAAUGCAGAAUGCGGACUGCGGAUUGAACACUAAAUUAUUAUAUCAAAAUUCGAGUCAAAUGUGUGUAAAUCAUAAAGUGAACGCAUAUGGACGACGGCAUAGACAAAAUCCGAUGUAAGCGUAUUUAAGCAUAUGUAUUCGUAUUUGUAUUUGUAUUUGAAUUUGUACUUGAAUUUGUAUAUGUGAAAGUUAAAUAUAUAUAAACCUAGCUGUAUGUGCGGAUGUACGCAAUUUUUUUUUAUCAUAGUUGAUAGUUCAUAAAUAACUGGGAUAUUUAUUGGCCAAUUAAUAAAGAUGCAACCUAUACAACCAUCUAUAUAUAUAUAUAGAUAUAUAUAUAUAUAUAUCUAUAAAUAAACAGCGGCAGAGGCGCAAUCUGCACUACCUAGCCAGAUGGAUAAAGUAAAUGCAUAGAUGUGUGCAUAGCGAGUCUAGUCAAUUAAUGCCAUUGUAUCUUGUAUCUUUGUAUCUACGAUAGCUAUCUAGAAACCAAGCAAACAAGCAAACAAGCAAACAUGCAAACAAGCAUUUGUACUUAUUUUAUAAAUCGAGUGAAACUAUACGAGUCCGCUAUAUACGGAGCACACACUAUUAUUAUAUGGAUAAAUAUGUGAUAAAACGUUUGCAAUGCCACAAACUCACAGAUCUGGGAAGUGGGCGUUACAGGUGGCCUAGACAGGUGCGUAGCCAUGGUCAUCCGUCCCGCCCACUUUGCCCGCACUGCAGGCUGUACAUAUCAACAGGUUACAGGUGGACAACUCUUAUCAAUUACUAACUCGCUUAUCUGAAGUGUGAGCCGGUGCAAUGUACAUUUUAUAUAGCGCCGCCCAGACUAACCCAACUAUAUCUAUAAGUCAGCCUCCGAAACGCAAUUCGAUCUAACAGAAAAUUAAAUGUGAAUUGAGUCGAUUUGUCCAAACAGUUGGCCGCAAAUCAAAUAAAACAAAACAACCGAUUUGUUCCGGCAAAUGGGAAAUGUUUCCCAGCAAAUUGUUUUCUAGGUGUAUGAGUACAUGGUAUUUGUGUUGGCCUGCCAUGUUUGUGUGUGUGUAAGGCGUGUAUGUGUGUGUGUGUGAUUGCGUAUCCUUUUUUAAGGCCCUGGAGAAUUGUUAUUCCAAUUAGACGUGUUAACGAGCGAGAAAAAUCACACAAAACACGUGCAAUAUAGUUCAACACUUAGAUAUAUAUGUAUACAUAUACAUUCAUACAUACUAACGAAUAGAUAUCCAACAUUUUUUUGUCUCCCAUAAUAUGAGAAACAUUUCCUUGUCAACCCCCCAGCUGCUAUAAGAAUCUAAAUUCAAUACCAAACUUAUAAUACAACUAGUGAAGAGUAACCCUAGAAACUAUCGAUUGUUAAUACUGCGAUAACGUCUUCGAUUAACUGUAAAAUAGCAUAAUUGUGUGACCUAUAUACAUAUAAGUAAGUUCCCAUUCCCAUCAUUAUCAUAUGUCUAACCUAAAGGAGGCGCGCGAGAGAGCCAUCGAGCCAUCAUAGCAAACAUUGCAUUAUUAUACCCUAUGAAUAAUGUUAACUGUAGGCUAAAUAUGAGAUAUACAGGUGCAUAACGGUAACGGUAACGGUAACGAUAUCGAUAACGAUAAUGGGAUACCAAGCUACAAAGAAAACUUCAAAGAGCGAACUAAACCCUAUGAAAAUUGAUAAUCUAUAAUAAUAAUAAUAAUAAUAAUCAAACCUACUAUCGACGGAGAAGCCAAAUAAAAAGAAUGAGCAAAACAAAAA